AUGGCUACAACCCCAGUUUGCCAGGUGUGUAAUGCAGCAGAGGACACCUGGAGACACGCCCUCUUGGAGUGCAACAUGUCGGCCUCUGUAUGGGCGCUCAGAGAAGAUGAUGUGGUGCUACCCUUGAUCGGAGAAGCAACCAAUGAUCCACGUCUGUGGCUGUUCUCCAUGAGUACUUCACUCACUCAGUCCCAGUUCAUUGAGGUUUUAGUAACCAUGUGGGCAAUUUGGUGGGCAAGGAGGAAACUGAUACAUGAAGGAGAACAACAGUCGCCGUUGUCGACUCACUUGUUCAUCUCAAGAUACCUGUCAGAACUUCAGGGUUUAAAGAACACGCAGGCAGAAAAGCCGGGAGAGUUGGCGUCCCGGGUUGAGGCCCGUUGGAUUCCACCGCUUGGGGGUUUCUCAAAACUGAAUGUAGAUGGUGCGGUGGCUAAAACACAGAAGAGAGGGGCAGCUGCAUGUGUAUGCCGAGAUGAGGAAGGACGUUUCUUAGGGGCAUCAGCUACGGUCUAUGAUGGAAUCACAGGACCUGAGGUCCUGGAAGCUCUGGCUUGCUCUGAAGCUGUUGCUCUAGCUGAAGACAUGGACUUGUCCAAGAUAUCGGUGGCAGUAGAUUGUCUAAACGUCAUCCAGGAGCUAACAAGGAGUGAGCACAAAGGCCAGCACUGCAUGAUAGUUAAAGAGAUUCUAGUAAGGAAGACCAUUUUUUCACAGGCUAUGUUUAGCCAUGAGCGACGCGAAGCAAAUAGGGAAGCACACUGUUUAGCUAAAUUUGCAACUUCUUUAGAAGUAGGGAGACAUGUUUGGUUCUCCACUCUUCCUUCUGGAGUGUGUAUCCCUGUAAACAUUUUACCUGAGUAA